UUUUGGUAUUUUGUUUGUUUACUGCGGUUGUAUUUAGUUUGCCAAAAAAUCUGCACUUGGAAAAAGCGGAAAAAGUCUAUUGUUUAUCAUCCCGUUUCUAUAUUAUAGGUCAGGUUUUGUGAAUCAAUGGAUUCUAAAACUUUGCAUAUUAUACAAGGAGAAGCAUCCGAAACUGACGAAGAGCUAGAAAUCAAUGACUCCAAUGUCAUAAAAAUUGAGAGCGGCCCAGAUGCUCCGCCACCGAUCAGUAUUCAGAGAAAAUUGUCUGUUGAAGCUCUUGAUACGUCGCCUUGCUGUUUUGAGGAGGAUAUGCAUCUGUCAGAGCUGAAGAACAUGAUAAUUCCAAACAAUCACGCGAUCGCACAACUUCCUGAGCGGACUAGAUUACGGAAAUACUACUAUAUUUCACAAGGUUUUCAGUCGCUCAGUCUAGAAACGCCGGGAACGAUCUACGUGGGACACAAUUUCAAUAAUCGCAAGAACUACAAUGAAUUUGAUGUGCUACUUACACCUUAUCGUGAACAAAUUGUAAUAUAAUUAUAAAGGAAUAGAAAAUAAAACUUGAAAUUUCACUCAACCGACUUUCGACUUGGUAAGGAUGACGAAGGAACUUUUUCAAAUCAGGUUAUUUUCUGCUCAUCAAUCUAUCUCCUUCUUGUUGACGUUUCACUAUCAUCGUGACAACAGUGUGCGGCGAGUUAGCCCCUAUGGGCCAGUCGAAGUCGCGGCAACAUUCCCCCUUCCGUAAGGCGAGUCUGCUUC